AUGCAUAACAGCGGGACGGGGAUCAGGAAGAUCCCGCCAUUUAUGAAGGAGCUGGAGGAGGCGUACAACAUAUGCCACUGUGGAACGAACGUGAUUGAAAAGUGCUUCUUCGCCAAGGAGGUGAAGAGGAGCAUAAACAAGAGGGAACUUCACAUGUACCAGUUGUGCAUCAUCCAUUACCAACUUAGCAACAGAGAUAAAAUUUAUAAAAUAUCAUGCAUCGAAGAUGAUCUAGACAUACGGAAUAGCUUCUAUGAUGGGGAGUUAAAAAUGUACAUGUCAAAAGACGGUACUGUAGGAUGCCUAUUUUGUAAUGAUGAGAAAAAAAGGAAAAUCCAUUUAUUUAAAAAUGAAAGAAACAACGGAAAGUUCUUCUUCACUUGUAUGAACAGUGUACCGAUAGAUACAGACCUACAUAAGCGGUUCUUCAUGCACGAAUCAUUCUGUUCUUUCAACAUGAGCAACACCCUCAUGAUUUACAGUGCCGAAAGUGAUGACAUGAAGUACAAAAGAGAGAAUAGCUUUAUGCAAAAAAAAGAUUUAGAAAUUUUAAAGAAAAUUAACAACCAUAUUUAUACCGAUACAUUUGGAGAGCAGUUCGACUACUCCUUUUUCAAUUUAUUUGUUUACAAUAUGAUGGACAAUACGGUCAAGUACAUAACUGUGAAGGAUGUGUCUGGGUGUUAUUACAAUCCACAGUUUAUUGACGACACUUCUUUUGUGUGUCUCUCUUAUCGAACCCUUCCCUACCGACUGGGUAUAUAUGCCUUUAAUGUGAGACCGAAUGAUUUGUAUCUAUGCACGCUGAACGACUCGGAUAUAGAACCUUGUGACAGGAGGGAUGGGAGAAGGGGGGAAAUUGCCGGUGCUGCAGGAACUGGCCAAGCGUGUGAACGCAACCGUAAGAAUCACAUUCGAUGCGCCUAUGCCAAAUUGUCCGGAAAAAAUUUCAAACAUACAGCUUCACCACUUGUAAUUAGGCAUGACGAUUCUUGUGUGUUCGUGGCGUGCUUGGUCUUUUUUGGUAAAAAUGAGGAAUCCAAACAACACUUGAUGGAGUACAGCUUGGUCCUGAUAAAGCUGGUGAAGGAGGACGGCAAGGCGAGGGCGAAGAGAAAUCGUGGGAACGCCCCACAGGGGGAGAAGCAGGAUAUGCAGGAGGUACAGGAAAUGCACGUGGGGGGUGGCUAUUACUCCAGUGGCGAGGAUAGUGAUGGGACAAACGAGCAGGAGGAGGCGGACCAUUCUACAAGUAUAGCCACAGUAGAGGGGGGGAGGUGCACCCACCCUGUUAGCGGUACCACUCCCAUGCACCAAGAUGAUGUAUGCAAUUACAAGAAGGUGGAGACGGAGGUGAUCAUCCGAGAGGGUACUUAUACUUCGUUCUUCCGCGGGUUAUAUACCAAUGAGAUAAAGGGAUGUUGUUACCCAUACCUCUUCCUAAACACAAUUUUUUAUUGCAGAAAGAUUUCCAUCGCUGUUCACAUGUUCACGAAAAAGGUAUAUCGUAUUUUAAUAGAUAAUAUUUACAACCAAAAUGACAUUAGCACAAGUAUCGAAAUUAUGUGUAUGAAGGAAGACAACCUGUUGGUGAGCAUCCGAAAUAUGCUUCUGAAUCACGUGUUGGUGUACUGCCUAUUCAGUGAAGCGAACAUAACUGGAGAUUACGUAUACCUCACUAAGAUGCGAAGUUACAACUUAGAUUUUACAACAUACGAAACGGUUAAGAAAAAGCAGACGAGUAUAAUUUAUGCCAAUGUGAAUGAUCUAUCAGAGAAGCUUUUUAUGUUAUUGAGUCAAAUGGAAACAGCACUUUUUAAUGAGAAGCAUCCCUACAUUAGGAGAAAAAGUGCCAGCUUUAACAUGCUAUACGAGAGUGAGUUAGAAUUUCAAUACGAUGUGGAGAAGAAGGGACUACAUCUACCAAACUUUAAUCUGUUCAACGGAAAAAAUAAAAGGAACCUUAUUUUAUAUAUCCAUGGUGGACCCUACUCUACUUGCCUCAAUGAGUACAGAAAUAUCUUCAUUUUUUUUGCAGCGUGUGGAUUUGAUGUGUUAUGCAUUAACUACAUUGGAACUUUAGGAUUUUCUGAAAAACCAAAUAUUCUAAAUGGGCACGUAAAUUCUAUCGAAAUUGAAGAUAUCAUAGAUGCUUUCAAAAAUUUCUAUAAUUAUUUUGGUGACUAUGAGAACGUCUACCUGUAUGGUGGAUCCUACGGUGGCUUCGCCUCGUGUGCAAUUUUAACCAAGUGCAACUUAUUUAAAAGUUGCUGCGUUAUUAAUGGGGUAUAUGAUUGGAUACUUUCCGCUCAUUCUAGUGAUGUCCCUGAUUAUUUCUUAAACCUAUGUCUAAACAAGCCGGCAGAAUAUGAUUGCUUCUACAGUAAGGAUGACUAUGGCAGUAUGUACGAGAUAUCUCCCUUGCACUUUGUGCAGAAUAUUUCUACGCCCAUUUUGAUUGUUGCGUCUAAGGAUGACUUGCGAGUCUCCCACCAUAAUAGUCUCACCCUGUACAAGCGCCUGCUUGCGCUUAAGAAGAAGACCAAGCUGUUCCUGUUCGACGACUGCACCCACUCCAUCAAGAACAUAGCUUUCGACGAGACCCUCCUCAUUAAUGUCAUCCUCUGGUUUUACGACUACGAUAGUAAGAAGAAGCGAUAA